GCAGGCCGGGGCGCCACCACGUCGGCCGCGGCCGGGAUGCUGCAGGUGCGGCCCGGGCUGUACCUGGGCGGGGCGGCGGCCGCGGCGGAGCCGGGCGGCCUGAGGGAGGCGGGCGUCGGGGCCGUGCUGACGGUGGACGCGGAGGAGCCCGCCCUGCAGGCGCCGGACCUGCGGCAGCUCUUCGUGCCCGCGCUGGACGAGCCCGGGACGGACCUGCUGAGCCGCCUGGACCGCUGCGUGGCCUUCGUGCUCCAGGCGCGCGCCGAGGGCCGCGGGGUGCUGGUGCGCUGUCAUGCCGGAGUCAGUCGAAGUGUGGCUGUAAUGACCGCCUUUCUGAUGAAGACUGAGCAGCUCUCCUUUGAAAAAGCCUACGAAAACCUCCAGACGAUCCAGCCCGCGGCUAAGAUGAAUGAGGGGUUUGAGUGGCAGCUGAGGUUAUACCAGGCCAUGGGGUGCGAAGUGGACACCUCCAGUGCGGUUUAUAAACAGUACCGUUUACAAAAGGUUACAGAGAAGUAUCCAGAGCUGCAGAACUUACCUCAAGAACUCUUCGCAGUCGACCCGACGACGGUUUCACCAGGACCGAACGAUGAGGUUCUCUAUAAAUGCAGGAAGUGCAGGCGCUCUUUAUUUCGAAGUUCCAGCAUUUUGGACCACAAGGAAGGAAGUGGGCCCGUGGCCUUUGCCCACAAGAGACCAGCGCCAGCUCUCCCGCGCAUCUCGGGGGGCCCCGCCCCCUGCACCUCGCACUUCGUGGAGCCUGUGCAGUGGAUGGAGCCCGCCCUGCUGGGAGUGAUGGACGGACAGCUUCUGUGCCCCAAAUGCCACGCCAAGCUGGGGUCUUUCAACUGGUGCGGCGAGCAGUGCUCCUGCGGCAGGUGGGUAACGCCCGCCUUCCAGAUCCACAAGAACCGGGUGGACGAGGUGAAAGCGCUGCCCGCCCUGGGGCCACCGGCGAGAAGAGCGUGAACUGGCGACGCUUCCCAGCUGGAGAGGGACUGGCCGGUCCACACGGGCUCCUGGCUUCUCGCCGUUCACACAGAACGUCUGGCGUUUGGGCCGUCAGCGUUCACCGGAAAUGUGAGAAGAUGAAACCACGCGAUGUGACUUGGACACUGUGGUUAAGUAGAAUACUUCACAUGGAAGUCAAAACUUUUCGGUCUCGUAAAUUAUACUUUAUUUGAUAUUAAAAUCUUCUAUAAUCCAGAUAA